AUGUCACUAGAUUCAGGAGAGCGUGAUGUUAGGAGCAAAAAUAGUCUUCAACUCUCCCUCAAUGAAUCGAGCCGUUUAUCAAUCGAUACCAGUGUCAAUUUAAAUGACGAUUUGGCCAACGAGUCAGAUGUAUCGGGGUCAUUUAUUUCACAACCAACUAAUUCCCAUAGGCGGCACGAGUCGAUUGCAUCAUUCCGAAAUAGCAUGGACGCAGAGAGCAGUUUCCUGUCUUCCGUGUACUUCCAGAACCUCAAUUCAGCAUUUGAUGAUGUCUCCAGUGAACCAAGUUCAAUCUCUCCGCUAGGACCUAAUUCCAUAUAUGAAUUGACCAUUGCAUCAGAUUUGGCUCGUGCAAGACGCAGAGCUUCAAAGACCCAAGUUACACUAAACGGUGGUGUCACAACCGUAUAUAAUUUGAAAGUUCCUACGACUAAGGAUAUCCCACCAAUACAGCUUGAAAAGCUCAAGAAGAUAACCAAUGAUGAGAUAGCUUCCAAACUACUUAAAGAUAUCGAUGCCGAGUAUAAGAUGUUUGAUGACAGUUAUAAGUCUUUGACGACCGACACCCUUCAGAAAUUUACGGAGGCUGCAGCUAAAGAUGUUAGCGUUGAUGUCUCAUCUACCAUAGAUGGUGACAAAUUUUCAACUGAUUCCAAUUACAAUGGAAUAAACGAACAACUUAAUGAUAAAAUACCCACAGUGUUUUCAGACCCUAAAUUUAGACUCGACGAUCCUAGAGUCUUCAAGAAAGUUAUUGGUGAAUACAAUAUUUUACCUGAUAUUGAUGAUUUGGAGAGUGGUGGUUCUUCCAAACAGAAUAUUGCAAGCAACAACCAACUACAAGACAAAUUGUCCCAUUAUUUGGACUCGGUAGAAAUUAGUCUCAUCGAUGAAAUCUCUAAAUCUUCUAACUCAUUUUUCAGUACUAUCGAAGAUAUCAAAACAGUUCAAAACAAGUCCGAAGAAUGCGUUGAUCAGUUUAAAAAAAUAAAAAAGCAUUUGGAGGAAUUGGAAUCAGAGGAAAAUACUGCAGGUUUGAGGAUUUUGAGCUUGAUAAUGGAACGAAAGAAGAUUGAAAUGUUGGAAAGCUCAAUAAUCCAAAUAAAAUAUGUGACUUCCUUAUGCGAAUUAGCCCAAUCUUCAUUCAGUAAAGGCAACAACGCAAAAUGCUUGAAUGAAAUAUUGCUAGCAGAAGGAUUGAUAUAUGGUAAAGAUAUAUGUGAUAUUCCCCCUGAGUCCUCCGUUACACUACCAAAGCUUAGAUAUCCUUUGUUGGAUAUAUCGGGAUUACCAGCAUUAUUCAAUCUUCAGAAUGAUCUCCAGAAUUUGAAAAAUCAAUGUUCGAGAGGUUAUAUAAUCGACUUUAAUGAUUUAUUGAUUGAAGAUUUGAAGUCACACUACUCUCAAGUGCCCCUUUCAGAUACAUUGAAUAGAAUGUAUUACGGGGUGGAUAAGUCCAAGACUUUCAACCCAAAAGAUUUGAAUAACUCCUAUCAGUUGAUGAGCGAUACAACAAAAGCUAGUCUCAAGGAUUAUGUGGAGAAUUUGGUAAAAUCUGGCCACUUAUCCCAAUCUUUUCAGUCUUACCAAGAUAGAAUCAUCGUUGAGGUUAAAGACAUUAUAAAAAUGCAUAUUCCUAAAGGAUUGGCUCUGGCAGACAACUCAAACGCACCAUCGAGAUCCGCCUCCGCUGCUCCUGAACCACAAGGCCCACCUGAACUGAAUCAGGGUUCUGGUUCAUUGUCAUCAAUCUUGAAGAGUUUAUCCUCAAAGGAGUUCGAAUUAAUGUUGGUUAAGAUUUUUUGUGGAUUGUCCGAAUGUUUCCGUCGGUUAACCUUACAGCAAAAGAUUUUGUUGGACUUAGCUUUGUCUUCUAUCCCCCCAUCGGAGGAAGUUAACGUGAUGGUUUUUGACUUGACUUUGGCUAUCAACAAAGCUAUAGAAUUGACCCAAUUGAGGUUAUCUAAAAUUAUCAAUGUCAGAUCUGAGCAACUCGCCGAUUCUCCUGUCACUGUUUACACUAGGUUCUAUUCACUUUGCUCAACGUACUUACAGGAAUGUGAGUUGAUAAACCCGGGAUAUGUUGCCAGUGGUGCAGGAAGCUCUUUAAAUGACUGGGUAAAGAAUCACGUGAGUUAUUUUGUUCAUAGAUUUCAUCUGAACUGCUUGAAAUCUAUUGCUCACGAGGCUGAUAAAGAAGUCUGGAGAGAAGUUACUGAUGAUAUGGCUUUGACUGUUACCCAGAAUCAAUUAAACGAAAUUAUAUUAUACUCCAAAUCCUUCGAAGGUCGAAAUCUAAGCCCAGUUAUUGAUGAAUGGAGGAAGUUACUUGUUCUCUUCAAUUACGGUUCUGUUGAGGAAUUAAAAGUCCAACCUAAAGAAGAUAUAACCAAACUUACGAUUGAAAAGGAGUCAUUUAUGGUUCCCAAGCUAGCAUUGACUUCAAUCCGCCAUGUACGUGAUUAUCUAAUCGUUUCAAGGAUCUUUCAAAUCCGGAACUCCCCUAUUGAAAAUAACGUCUUGAACUUUUUCAAAUUGCUUAAUGCUAAAACAGCGCAUGCUAUCUUGAAUGCCGGUGCUACAAGAACUGCUGGGUUGAAACACAUAACCACAAAACAUUUGGCAUUAUCGAUUCAAGAAGCUGAAUUCAAUAUAGCUUUACUUGCACAUGUUUCAACAAUAUUCAAAAGCAUUUCAAAAAGCAUUUCUCCACAGCCACCGAACAUAAAUCAAGCACAAGGUGGAUCCGAAGAGCUUACUUUCAGCAAAAUUAUCAACACGUUCAAGGACCAUGAAAGUGAAUUAUGUUCCAAAUUGGUGUCAAUAAUGUACGACAGAACGGUGACUCAUUGUAAUGGCAUUGUUAAAAUUGACUGGACUGAACCUUUAAUGCACCCCAAGCAAUGUCAUACGUACAUGGAAGUUUUGGUGAAGGAAACGUUAACAGUAGCAAAAGUUUUACAAAAAUACCUUCCUGAGGUUAAGUACUCAUUAAUAUUGCUGCAAAUUUUCAACAAUUACAAGAAAUUAUUGGUUGAAUGCUUCUGUACACAGUUGCCUCAAUUCAAAGACUUCAACGAAAAACAUUCAUUAUUGAAGGAUAUUGACUACUUUAGAGUCAAGCUAUGUGAGCUACCAGGAUAUGCUACUUCAGGACAAGUAAUUUGGGAGAACGUCAAUGCUCUUCCAACAAUUGAAGAUAUGACUAUGGAUGAGGUAAUGAGACACAAUAUUGAAGGAAGAACCUAA